AGGAAUCACAUGACCUCCAGUCAGCUGAUCAAAUCCUGCGUCCUGUAGCUAGGGUCAUAGCGAUGGUAUUACAACAUUAAUCGUGAUAUUAAAUAAACUGCCACUAUAUUUAAACUAUCUAUUUGACGAUUUCAACAGCAAAGCGUCUCAGUAGUUUGAUAUAGUGUUUCAAUAAAGAAGAAAGAUGUCCGGAAAAGAUCGGAUCGACAUAUUUCCUUCUAGAAUGGCUCAGACCAUUAUGAAAGCUCGACUGAAAGGAGCUCAGACUGGCCGGAGUUUGCUGAAGAAGAAAGCUGACGCUCUGUCCAUGCGAUUUCGGCAAAUACUUAGAAAAAUCAUUGAGACUAAGACGCUGAUGGGCGAGGUGAUGAGAGAAGCCGCCUUUUCAUUAGCGGAGGCCAAAUUUGCUGCUGGUGACUUCAGUACUACAGUCAUUCAGAAUGUGAACAAGGCCCAGGUGAAGGUCAGAGCAAAAAAGGACAACGUUGCAGGAGUUACUCUACCUGUGUUUGAGCAUUACCAGGAAGGAGGAGACAGUUAUGAGCUCACUGGUCUGGCCAGAGGUGGAGAGCAGCUGUCUCGGCUGAAGAGAAACUAUGCCAAAGCAGUCGAGCUUCUUGUAGAGCUGGCCUCACUGCAGACCUCUUUUGUGACACUGGAUGAGGCUAUUAAGAUCACAAACCGCCGUGUGAACGCCAUCGAGCACGUGAUUAUUCCCAGGAUCGAGCGCACGCUCACAUACAUCAUCACUGAGCUGGAUGAACGAGAGCGAGAGGAAUUCUACAGGCUCAAGAAGAUCCAGGAGAAGAAGAAGCAGCUCCGCGAGAAGACGGAGAAGGAGAUCGCUCAGCGUUUGGCGAAGCUGGGGCCGAUCGCCGAGCCCAUGAACAUGCUGAACGAAGAGGCCGACGAGGACCUGCUGUUUGAAUGAGACCCAAAACAUCUGCGUUGAACCCGCAAACACAUCGUAUUUAUUCUUUGUGCCUGUAAGGCCGAGCUUUACAUGUCUCGUGAAAAGAGGAAGCUCUCGUUUUGUGUGUAUGUUGGUGCCGUGUCACUUUUUUUGUUUAGGAUGAAUAGAAUAUAUAUUACAGACACUGUAAGAUGUGCAGGUUGAUUGUCUGAAUCCAAAAAAUGUUUAAAUGGAAGGGUUUUUUAUGUGUGAACAGAACCUGUAAAAUACUUAAUGAUUUAAAAUGAUCAUUCCAUUGAAUUGUACACAUUAUCUGACGCUCCAGUCUUAUUGCAUGCAUGUGUUAAAACGGUGCAACCUUCUCCGUUAGAUAGUGUGGUAACUGAGAAUAUUCUGUGAUGUACCGUACAUCUGAGUUUAAGCAGAAACAGUUCAAUGUCAACACAAUCCUUACCUAACGUCAGCCCAGAUUCUUCUACAUGCCCUGUUGUUGGUUCUCCAUGCAAAUGUGUACUUGAAUUUCACUUCCUGUGAAUUUAAUUUCAAUAAAUGUUGUAAAUGGUCA